AUCACACACGUGCUAACGCAUUUUGAAAGAGUGGCAUGGCGGUAUUUGAAUUUUCCUAACCUCGUUCUUUCAUCAGAAUAGUGCAAAGCAUACGCGUGUCAGAUUUAUUAAAUUAAUUAAUAAAAUGGAUAAUAUUGAAAUAAAAAAAGAAAAGAAAAAGAAGAAGAUUAAGGAGGAACCAAUGGAUGCUGAUGAAGACCUAGCAAGUGUUCAAAAAUCCAGUGAAUUCCAAAUUAAAUCCUCAGAGAAAGUAGCAAAAUUAGAAACAUCUGAAUGGCCACUCUUGCUGAAGAAUUUCGACAAGCUAAACGUUCGAACUAAUCACUACACACCUCUACCAAAUGGAGCAAGUCCAUUGAACCGUGACAUCAAGGAAUACAUGAAGUCCGGUUACAUCAAUUUGGAUAAACCAUCGAAUCCCAGUUCGCAUGAAGUUGUCGCGUGGAUUAAGAAAAUUUUGAAAGUCGAGAAGACUGGUCACUCGGGUACUCUCGAUCCUAAAGUAACAGGUUGCCUGAUUGUCUGCAUCGAUCGUGCAACACGUCUAGUUAAAUCCCAACAGAGCGCCGGAAAAGAGUAUGUGGCAAUUUUCAAAUUACACGGUCCUGUCGAAUCAGUGGCCAAGGUGCAACAAGGGUUGGAAAAAUUGCGCGGAGCGCUCUUCCAACGUCCACCACUUAUUUCGGCUGUAAAGCGUCAACUUCGUGUUCGUACCGUUUACGACAGCAAACUCCUCGACUACGACGAGUCGCGCAAUAUGGGUGUUUUUUGGGUUAGUUGCGAGGCUGGUUCGUAUAUUCGUACAAUGUGUGUACAUUUGGGACUUGUCCUUGGUGUUGGUGGCCAAAUGGUGGAGUUGCGUCGUGUGAGGUCUGGCAUCCAAUCUGAACGUGAUGGCAUGGUCACAAUGCACGAUGUCCUCGAUGCUAUGUACAUGUAUGAGAACCACAAAGACGAAACAAUGCUUAGGAGAGUAAUCAAGCCCUUGGAAGGUCUUUUGAUCAAUCAUAAGAGAAUCAUCUUGAAAGAUAGCGCGGUCAACGCUGUUUGCUAUGGUGCAAAAAUCAUGUUACCUGGUGUCCUUCGUUACGAAGAUGGCAUCGAAAUUGAUCAGGAAAUUGUCAUUGUCACAACAAAGGGUGAAGCUAUUUGUUUAGCCAUUGCACAAAUGACAACUGCAACAAUGGCGUCUUGCGAUCAUGGUGUUGUUGCCAAAAUUAAACGUGUCAUUAUGGAACGUGACUCGUAUCCAAGAACCUGGGGUUUGGGACCAAAAGCAUCUGCCAAGAAAGCGCUUAUUGCUUCUGGUAAACUGGACAAAUUCGGCCGACCAAACGAGAACACUCCCAAAGAGUGGCUUACUGGUUUUGUGGACUAUAGUGCAAAGAAACCCACCAACGGUGAUGCUUCCAAUGUCAACGUACACGAUAAUGGAGCUGAUGAAUCUAGCAAGAAGCGCAAAUUGAGCGUUCAAAGCCAAGACGAAACCGCUGCAGUUGAGGCGCUUUCCAUCUCAACUUCAGAAAAGAAGAAGAAAAAGAAACACAAGGCCGACAAAGAGGCCCCAGAAAGCAAUGAAGCUGAUGAUAGUACCCUCCCAUCCACCCAAGAAGAUAACGAAGCGGGUGAGAAGAAGGAAAAGAAAAAGAAGAAGAAGAAGGACAAAGAUCGGGAGAAGCCCGAUGAAGAAUAGAUUUUAAGCUAAAUAGUUACACAGCUCAGGGCUAUGAAUUGGAUAUAUAUAGUGUGCUUCAAAACAAUGCAUUUUCAUUUUAUACAAAAAAACAAUAAAAUUCCAAAAAGGAAUUUUUAAGGAGGUAUGAAUGUGAAAAAGAAUAAAAAAGAAAAACGUUUUAUGUUUUUUUUUGUUAUUUUGCAAUUUUGUUUUUUAUUCCUACGACAAACAAAAAUCAAAUAAUAAGUAAAUGGUGUGUAGUUUUUAAGUGAUUUACUCAGAAGAAAGUAUAGAAACGCCUACUAAAGCUACUUAAGAGAAUAGAUUGUUUAACUAAGGGCAAGAUUGUUUUUAUUACAUAUUUUUUGAUAACAAUAGUAAAUAUAAGAUUAUUUUUAAAACAAACUCCAUAGAGUA